AUGGCAAUAUGUGUUGCAAGUCAGUGGAUUAUUGGAGGUCUCAUCUCAUUACCAUUUACAUUUUAUAUUUCACCGUAUUGCGCUGUUCCACAAUGGUUAUUGUUUUACACAGUACUCAUUUCUAUAAUAGUUCCAGCAUUGUUUACUCUUAUUAUAAAUCUUAAAAUAUUCAAACAUGUUCAUUCUUCAUCCAAGAGAAUACAUCCACAAAUGACGACAAAUACAGGAACUCUAAUCAUUCGUCAACAGCCAGCAAUCAAUCGACGUGAUUUAUAUCUAUUGAAACAUAUGAUAUUUAUGUUUUCAAUGUUUAUUAUUGGAUGGACUCCAAUUUUUUCUCUUGUGGCUAUUGAUUAUCAGAGCGCUCUUGCUUGUUUGUAUGAUGGAUUUGUUACUAUGCAAUCAAGAUUUAAAAAGAUUUAUAAAGGAUACAAUUUUACAAUGCUUUUGAAUUCAUAA